GAGGCCCCCAAAGCGUGCCCACCAAAUGGACAGAAGAAAAGCUUAGCACAGAUUUUAACUUUUAGGUCGAAGCAAACGACUUAAUUGAGAUCAGAUAAGACAAAAAACUCCUUAAGGAUGAAGAUCAAGAUGUUGAGUCGGAACCCGGACGACUACGGGCGGGAAACCAAGCGGGACAUCCAGAGAUUACCCAGGAACUAUGACCCGUCCCUCCAUCCCUUCGAGGCGGCGCGGGAAUACACACGAGCGCUCAACGCCACCAAACUGGAGCGGGUCUUCGCCAAACCGUUCGUCGGUGCUCUGGACGGACAUCGUGAUGGAGUGAACUGCAUGGCGAAACACCCGGGGUCGCUGUCAACACUGCUGACUGGGGCAUGUGAUGGGGAGAUCAAGAUCUGGAAUCUGGCCAGUCGAGACUGCAGAAGAACGAUCCAGGCGCACUCUGGGUUUGUUCGCGGGCUGUGCGUCACCCCGGAUCACAGCAACUUUCUGUCGAUCGGAGAUGACAAGACCAUAAAGAUGUGGAGCCUGACAUCCCCGGAUGCUGGGGAGGAGGAGGAGCCGGUCCAUACAAUUCUGGGGAAGAAUAUUUUCACCGGAAUUGACCACCACUGGAAGGACACGACCUUUGCCACCUGUGGGCAGACUGUAGACAUCUGGGACCACGCCCGGGCCGAACCACUCCGCUCCUUCUCAUGGGGGGUGGACAGCCUCAACUGUGUCAGGUUCAACCCCAUUGAGAAACACUACCUGGCCAGCUGUGCAGCAGACAGAAGUAUCAUCCUGUAUGACACGCGGGGGUCGAGCCCCCUGAGGAAGGUCAUCCUCAACAUGCGCUCCAACGUGAUCGCCUGGAACCCCAUGGAGGCUUUCGUCUUCACUGUGGCCAACGAGGACCAUAAUCUGUACAGUUUUGACAUCCGACGCCUGACCUCCCCAUUUAACAUCCACAUGGACCAUGUGAACGCAGUGUUGGAUCUAGACUACUCUCCCACUGGUCGCGAGUUUGUUUCUGGCAGCUUCGACAAAACUAUCCGCAUCUUCCCGCUGGACAAGGGACGCAGCAGAGAGGUGUACCACACAAAGCGUAUGCAGAGAGUGUUCUGUAUCAAGUGGUCGCUGGACAAUAAGUACAUCCUCUCCGGUUCUGAUGAGACAAAUGUGCGAAUCUGGAAGGCAAAGGCUGCUGAGAAGAUAGGCAAGUUGACACCGCGGGAAGAAUCAGCGUUGUCGUACAACGACAAACUGAAGGAGAAGUUUCAGCACCACCCACAGGUGCGACGAAUCGCGCGCCACCGCCAUGUGCCGAAGGAGGUGCACCAUCUAACACGACAGACAAGAAUUAUGAAGGAUUCGCGCAGGAGAAAGGAGCAGAACAGAAUACGGCACAGCAAACCUGGCAGCAUCAAGAAGAAACGGGAGAGAGAAAAAGUCGUGGUGGCAGAGCAGGAAUGAUGAUAGGAGGGGGUUAUUGCAGUUAUGUGUGUGGUUUGGGACCGCGUGG